AUGAGCAACACCUUCGUCGAACGCCGGAAACAUAACGCCCAUUCGCUGGAAAUCCCCGACGAGGAUUCCGCCGAUGCCACCGCGCGGCUGAUGGGACGGGACAAUUUCAGCCUCGAUACCCCCGUGCCGUCCUUCAAACCGGAGAAGGACGGCCACGGCGAAGAUGCAGCCGGCGCCGGCGCCGGCGCAAAGGGUUUCUUCGAAUUGCCCGAGCAGGACCGGAAGAACUUCAUGCUCCUCGUGCUGCUGUAUUUCUUGCAGGGCAUCCCCAUGGGUCUCGCCACGGGGAGUGUGCCCUUCUUGCUCAAAUCGCAUCUUAGCUACGCGCAGAUCGGCAUCUAUUCGCUCGCGUCAUAUCCAUACAGUCUGAAGCUGCUGUGGAGUCCGAUCGUGGAUGCCGUGUGGAGUAAGAAGGUCGGGAGGAGAAAGAGUUGGAUUCUGCCCAUCCAGAUGAUGUCGGGAUUGGGCAUGUUGUGGUUGGGCGGUCAUGCCGAGAGCAUGAUGGUCAAGGCUGGGGCGGACAAUGGCGCGGGCGUCUGGGGGUUUACCGGGUGGUGGUUUGCUUUGGUUUUCAUGUGUGCGACGCAGGAUAUCGCAGUGGACGGCUGGGCCCUCACGCUGCUUUCUCCGAGCAAUCUAUCCUACGCGAGUACGGCGCAGACCGUCGGCCUCACCGGAGGCCAAUUCCUUUCAUAUACCGUUUUCCUCGCCCUCUCCUCCUCCGACUUUGCCAACAAAUACUUUCGCUCCACGCCUCUUUCCACCGGACUAUUGAAUCUCAACUCAUAUCUCACCUUCUGGGGCUGGGUCUACCUCAUCGUGACGCUGGGCCUGGCGCUCUUCAAACGCGAGGAACGCAGCAAGGACAAAGACAGCCUGCUCUCCGUCUACAAAACCAUGGGCGGCAUCCUCCAGCUGCCCAACAUCCAGAUCUUCAUCGUCAUCCACCUCAUCGCCAAAAUCGGCUUCCAGGCCAACGACGCCGUCACCAACCUCAAGCUCCUCGACAAGGGCUUCAGCCAGGAAGAUCUCGCCCUGACCGUGCUCAUCGAUUUCCCCUUCGAGAUGCUCCUGGGCUAUUACGCGGGGACCUGGAGUGAGAAGUACAAGCCCAUGAACGUCUGGACCACCGCUUUCACUGGCCGGCUCCUCGCCGCGGUCUUCUCCAUGUUGGUCGUCAUGUUCUUCCCCACCGCCACCGGCACCACGAACUCCUACCUCCUCGUCGUCAUCAUCCAGCACGUCUUCUCGACCUUUAUGAACACCGUCAUGUUCGUCUCCAUCUCGGCCUUCCAUGCCAAGAUUUCGGACCCGGCUAUCGGGGGGACGUACAUGACUCUUCUCGCGACAAUGUCGAACCUCGGCGGCACCUUCCCGCGCUUCUUCAUCCUGCGCUUCGUCGACGCCUUCACGAGCGCGACCUGCCACCCGCCUCUCACCCCGCCGCUGGAUCUCAAAGACUCCAGUCUCCUCAUCACCGCGCCAUUCUCCUGCGUCGCCGAAGUCGACAAACACCGCUGUUCCGCGGGAGGUGGCCUCUGCUCCAUGGAGCGCGACGGCUAUUAUAUCGUGAAUGUCCUGUGUGUCGUUUUCGGCGUGAUCACGUUUUGGGGCUUUAUCAAACCUGCGGCGCUGAGGUUGCAGGGACUGCCGUUGCGGAAGUGGAGGUUGGAGGGAUGA